UAACAUAUAAAAUUAUAGAGCUACAAAGUUGAAAACAAUUCUGAUCAGUUCAAGCUCGAAGCUAUGGGAGGUUCUUCUUGGAUGAGUCGUUCUUUAAUUAUUGUCCUCGGAGUUCUGUUGAUCGGAAGCUUGUUUUCAUGCUGUGUUGCGAAAAAAGAAUCAGCAAAAUUGGAAGGGGUGAUUGGGAUAGAUCUUGGAACAACUUACUCUUGUGUUGGUGUUUACAAGAAUGAUAGAGUUGAAAUUGUGGCGAAUGACCAAGGUAAUCGGAUUACUCCGUCAUGGGUAGGUUUCACAGACGAAGAGCGGUUAAUUGGCGAGGCAGCGAAGAACCAGGCUGCAGCUAAUUCAGAGAGGACGAUUUUCGAUGUCAAGAGGCUCAUUGGAAGACAAUUUGAUGAUAAAGACGUUCAGAGAGACCGGAAGCUUGUUCCUUACAGUAUUGUGGACAAGGGUGGGAAGCCUUACAUACAGGUUAAGGUUAAGGAUGGAGAGAGCAAGGUGUUCAGUCCUGAGGAAAUUAGCGCGAUGGUUCUGACAAAGAUGAAGGAGACCGCGGAAGCAUUCCUUGGGGAGACGGUCAAGAAUGCUGUUAUUACGGUACCAGCUUAUUUUAAUGACGCCCAACGACAGGCUACCAAGGAUGCUGGCACAAUAGCUGGUCUGAAUGUUGUGAGGAUCAUCAACGAACCAACUGCAGCGGCUAUUGCCUAUGGGUUGGACCAGAAAGGUGGCGAAAAGAACAUCCUUGUCUUUGAUCUUGGUGGAGGGACGUUUGAUGUCAGUGUAUUGACGAUUGAUAAUGGCGUUUUUGAGGUUCUUGCCACGAGUGGAGACACUCAUUUGGGAGGAGAAGAUUUUGAUCAGAGAAUUAUGGAGUACUUCAUUAAGUUGAUCAAGAAGAAAUACAACAAGGACAUUAGCAAGGACAACAGAGCUCUUGGCAAACUAAGAAAAGAAGCUGAGCGUGCCAAGAGAGCUUUGAGCAACCAACAUCAAGUCCGACUAGAGAUUGAGUCGCUCUUUGAUGGUGUGGAUUUCUCAGAACCACUGACCCGAGCUCGCUUUGAGGAGAUAAACAGUGAUCUGUUCAGAAAGACAAUGGGGCCUGUAAAGAAGGCUAUGCAGGACGCUCAUCUGGAGAAACAUCAGAUUGAUGAAAUUGUUCUUGUCGGUGGAAGCACCAGAAUUCCCAAAGUCCAACAGCUUUUGAGUGAUUAUUUUGAUGGGAAGGAGCUUAGUAAAGGCGUGAACCCUGACGAGGCUGUAGCUUUUGGCGCUACUGUACAAGCAGGGAUCUUAAGCGGAGAAGGUGGUAACAAAACAAAAGAUCUGCUAGUUAUAGACGCGACACCUCUUACACUUGGCAUUGAGACUGUUGGCGGCGUGAUGACUAAGUUAGUUCCAAGAAACACUGCUAUACCGACUAAAAAGUCUCAGACUUUUACUACUUACCAAGAUCAACAGACUACUGUCUCCAUUAAGGUAUAUGAGGGAGAAAGGAGUCUUACAAAAAAUUGUAGGCUGCUUGGGACAUUUGAUCUAUCUGGAAUACCUCCAGCUCCAAGAGGGACUCCUCAAAUUGAGGUUACAUUCGAAGUUGAUGAAAACAGCAUUCUGAACAUAAGGGCAGAAGACAAGGCCUCAGGAAAAACCGAGAAGAUCACAAUCACCAAUGACAAAGGUCGUCUGACUCAGGAGGAGAUUGAGCGUAUGGUCCAAGAGUCUGAAGAGUUUUCAGAGGAAGACAAGAAGGCAAGAGAUAAAAUCGAGGCAAGAAACCACUUGGAGACUUACAUAUACAACAUGAAGAAUCAGAUCAACGACAAGGACAAACUUUCAGACAAAUUAGAGUCGGAUGAGAAGGAAAAGAUCGAGGAAGCUGUGAGGGAGGCUCUUGAGUGGUUGGAUGAUAAUCAGAAUGUCGAAAAGGAAGAUUAUGAUGAAAAACUCAAGGAAGUGGAAGCUGUUUGCAACCCGAUUAUUACAGAUGUUUAUCAAAGAUCUGGUGCAACAACAGCAACUGAAGAUGAUGAUUCACAUGAAGAGCUCUAGUUUAGUUACUGAUCAUUUAUAAACUUAGGAUGCAUAUAAGCCUGCAUUGUCAAAAAAAAAAUAUUUUCUUAAUUUAAUUUUCUUCUUACUGUUUGAACACUAUAAAUUCUUUAGCUACCUUGUUCUGGAGAGAGCAGUCUAAAU